AUGAGCAUUCCCGCUUCCACAUCCACCCCUUUUACGCGUUCUUCACCACCACCACCAUCGCCGCCUCAGCCACCUCUUUUCUCCCAAUCCGCCGCAAACACUAAUCCUUCAGACCAUCGCCGCCGCUUCUCCUUCAAGAGCUCCCAAAACAACAACUCCAACAGUCCAGUCGAAGUCGCCACCGCCUCGUGGACUUCAUCCAUUGCCCACCACUGCAGAAACGGCCGUUUAUCCGAAGCAGUCCUGCAAUUCACCCGCAUGCGGGAUUCUGGGGUUGAGCCUAAUCACAUUACUUUCGUCACUCUCUUCUCUGCGUGCGCCCAUUUUCCGUCCAAGGGUUUGUUACUCGGCCCUUCCAUACAUGGCUAUGCACGAAAAAUCGGGCUCGACGUUAACAAUGUGAUGGUGGGCACGGCAUGCAUGCAUCUUAAGGGCGAGGUGUACCCACGACGAGGAUUCCAUUCGAUGCAAAAAGACGGAUUUGACCCCGACAGCGUGAGCUUCACAGGAGCUCUCACAGCAUGCAGCCAUGCCGGUUUAGUAGACGAAGGGAUAAAAUUGUUCAAAACCAUGAGAAAAGUCCAUAGAAUCACUCCAAGAAUUGAACACUACGGAUGCAUAGUCGAUCUCUAUAGUCGAGCGGGGAGAUUGAAAGAGGCACUUGUUGUCGUAAAGAAUAUGCCUAUGAAACCGAACGAAGUUGUGGUCGGUUCUUUACUAGCCGCGUGUAGAAAUUUUGACGACGUGGGAUUGGCCGAGAGGCUGAUGAAGUAUAUAUACGAUUUGGAUCCGAGUGGAGAUUUUAAUUACGUCUUGCUUUCGAACAUAUACGCAGCGAAGGGAAGCUGGAGAGGGGCGAGUAAUGUGAGGAAGACGAUGAAGGAUCGUGGUGUGCAGAAGAAACCUGGGAUUAGUUCGAUUGAGGUUAACGGCAUUCUGAAUAGAUUUGGGGCGGGUGAUAAAUCUCAUGCUGAUGCAGAGAGUAUAUACGAGAUGCUCGAGUAUUUGUCGGAGGAGUUAACGGUAUGUGGGUACGAUUUCGAAGUUAAUUUACACGAUUUUUUUUAAGUUUUUUCAAAAUCUCUGAUAUCAAUUAUACCUUUGUCUUAGUUCUUGAUGAACAUACAAAAUUAUCUUGAGUUCAUAUGCAUUUAUGUAUAGCAAAAGAAGCUAUAUAUAC